AGUGUGAAGUGCAGUCAGAGUGCACCAGAAGUUUUGACAGAUUCCUGCAGGCCUUUCCGCGAAUAUUUCUCAUUUUACUUCAAAUUAAACUUCCAGGUAGCCGUCAUGAGUCUUCAAUGGACGGCUGUGGCGACAUUUCUAUAUGCUGAGGUGUUUGCUGUACUGCUACUGUGUGUCCCGUUCAUCUCCCCAAAACGAUGGAGCAAAUUUUUCAAGUCCCGGCUGGUCACUGCCAUUACGAGUUAUGGAAACACUGCAUUCAUUGUCAUCAUUUGUAUUCUUGUCUUUCUGCUCAUAGAUGCAUUUAGAGAAGUGAGAAAAUACAGCGUGGCAGAGAAAGUGGAUCUGAGCAACAAUCCUGUGGCCAUCGAGCACAUCCACAUGAAGCUGUUCAGAGCCCAGAGGAACGAAUACAUCGCUGGCUUUGCUCUGCUUCUGUGUUUGCUGUUGAGACGUCUGGCCACACUGCUGUCUCAGCAGGCUACACUGAUGGCCUCUCAUGAAGCCUUCCAAAAGCAGGCGGAGGGAGCAAAUGAUGCCGCCAAGAAAUACAUGGAGGAAAAUGAGAAACUGCAGGAGAAACUGCGGCAAGCCGGUAUUGAAGUGCCUGAAGUGGGUGGAAAGGCCAAAGGUGGCGUGGAGGAGGACAAGAAAAAUCUGAAGGAAGAGGUCAGGCAGCUGAAGGACGAACUCGACGCAACCAAGAAAGCUCUUCAGAAGUCAGACAGUGAUGUGAAGGCCAUGAAAAAGCAGGCUGAGAAUCUGACCACAGAGUAUGACCGUCUGCUGGAGGAACACGCCAGACUGCAGGCCAAAUGUGAUGCUCAACAGGACAAGAAGUCCGACUGAACGAAGCCCUUCAUGCUCUGCUCCCUGUCCUGCGUUCUCAUUGGCUGUCAGCAGCGUCGCUCUUCUGGCUGUGUAAGAACAGGGUUCCGUUCGUCAAUAAUGUGCUUUCGCUUCAUUCAUUAAAGCCUGUUGAGGCUUUUCACACACUGUAUCAAGUUUUCUCUAUAUUUUUGCUGUGAACCUAGGGUGGUUAAUUUGUGUUCCCUGUGUUUAGUCAAAACUUGUUUAGGUUUUAUGUUUUGAUUAAAUAACUGUUCAAAACUGA